AUGUGGGCUGUCCUGCCCGUUCUCUGCGCUGGGGCUUGGCUCCUGGGGACUCCCGCCUGCGACGCCGCCGCCUUGUCCGUGAGUGCCUACGAGAAGUUUCAUUUUAAAUCAUGGAUGGAGAAGCACCAAAAGAAAUACAGCUCAGAAGAGUACCACAAAAGGCAACAGACCUUUGUCAGCAACUGGAGGAAGAUAAAUGCCCACAACGCUAAGAACCACACAUUCAAAAUGGCACUGAACCAAUUUUCAGACAUGACCUUUGCUGAAAUAAAACGAAAAUACCUUUGGUCAGAGCCUCAGAAUUGCUCAGCCACCAAAAGUAACUACCUUCGGGGGACUGGUCCCUACCCACCGUCUGUGGACUGGCGGGAAAAGGGACAUUUUGUCACACCAGUGAAAAAUCAGGGUGGCUGCGGCAGUUGCUGGACUUUCUCCACCACAGGGGCCCUGGAGUCUGCCAUCGCUAUAGCCGGAGGGAAGCUGCUAUCUUUGGCAGAACAGCAGCUGGUGGACUGUGCCGAGGACUUCAAUAAUCAUGGCUGCCAAGGGGGUCUCCCCAGCCAGGCCUUCGAGUACAUCCUAUACAACAAGGGCAUCAUGGGUGAAGACACCUACCCCUACACGGCCCGGGAUGGUGUCUGCAAGUUCCAACCCAAGAAGGCCAUUGCAUUUGUCAAGGAUGUGGCCAACAUCACACUCAAUGAUGAGGAAGCGAUGGUGGAAACUGUUGCCCUGUACAACCCUGUGAGCUUUGCCUUCGAGGUGACAGAAGAUUUCAUUCAGUACAGGAAGGGCAUCUACUCCAGUACUUCCUGCCAUAAAACUCCAGAUAAAGUGAACCAUGCAGUAUUGGCUGUUGGGUAUGGAGAAGAAAAUGGUAUACCCUACUGGAUUGUGAAAAACUCCUGGGGUACCUACUGGGGGAUGGAUGGGUACUUCCUCAUUGAGCGAGGGAAGAACAUGUGUGGUCUGGCCGCCUGUGCCUCCUACCCCAUCCCUUUGGUGUGA